AACCAAUAUAUAAUGAUGAGUAUAUAAUUCAUAAGCUCAAAAAUCUCACACAGAGGUGUGAAAUCACAAUUUUGUAUGGAGCCUUCUAUAAUGAAAAGUAUCCAAUUAAUACAUUGAGAAAUCAUGCAAUACGUCAUGUACAAUCUGAAUAUCUACUUUUAUUAGAUGCUGAUUUUUUACCAUCACUUAACUUUCAAAAACAUGCCAAAUCAGAGAUAAAUCGAUUAAAAUUUGUCCUAGAUCUUCAUGAUAAUUCUUAUACUACAGACAUGGACAGAGCUGCACUUGUAGCACCAGCCUUUGAGUAUUUGAAAAACCCAUUCAAAUCAAACAACCUAGCAAAAUCAAAAGUAGAGCUUAGUCAAUUAUACAAAAAACAAUCUGAAAUUAGAAUAUUCAAUGGUGUAUGGUCUGAAAACCACAAAGCAACAGACUAUGAAAAAUGGUUUGAAACAAGUUAUUCCUACGAAGUGACAGAUUAUCAAAUUAAAUAUGAACCUUAUGUUGUAUUAAGAAAACACAGCCAGCUUCCUUUAUAUGAUGAACGUUUUGUUGGGUACGGAAUGAAUAAAGUUAGUUAUCUGAUGGAGUUAAAAGCUGCUGGGUACACAUUUAUUGUGCUCCCUAAUUGCUGGGUGUCUCAUAUACCUCAUGAGAAAACAAAUAACAAUCAAGAGUUCUCCUAUGAUGCAGUAGCUAGACUCAAAAAUAGAGUAUUAAGAUAUGAGUUUAUGGCAGAUUAUACAAGAAGGUAUGAGAUUGGAGGGUGUUCUGAACCUGACCAUGGAGAAGAUUUAUAAAUUGCCAUGUAACUUUUCAUCAGGUAACCAUGGUAUCUCAGAAUGAUGUAUAUAUACUUUACAUAUAUGUUUUUUAGCAUUUUAAAUUAUCUGAUGGUAUCAUCUUGCAAAUAUAUAAUUUUAUCCAAUGGAUACUAAAUAUUAAUGGCCGAUAAUGACAAAAGAUAAUUUUGGUAUGCGCCAUUAAAAUCGUAUCCAACUCAUAUGACAAUGACAUCUUACAAAUAGUAUCAGUCGGAUACCAGUUUUCAUUAGUUUUGAAUUUGGCGCAAAAUAACCACUUGUCUGUUUGAUCUUCAACAAUAUAGUUCUAAGAUUAUGUGCUCAGUAAAA